AUGCGGGAGUUCAAAGUGGUUAUUCUGGGCUCGGGAGGAGUCGGGAAGUCGGCGCUGACCGUCCAAUUUGUGUCGAACAAGUUCUUGGGUGAGUUGUUUUCAUUGAUCAUUUUAUUUUUAGAUUAUUUUUGUCCCACUAUUGAAGAUUUUUAUCGGAAAGAGAUCGAAGUGGAUGGAAAGCCGUCGGUUUUGGAGUUGUUGGAUACCGCAGGGACAGAACAAUUUGCCUCGAUGAGAGACCUCUACAUUAAGAAUGGUCAAGGAUUUGUUGUAGUGUACUCGAUAACAAAUCUCCAAUCGUUCCAUGACAUACGGACAAUGAGGGACCAGAUUGUGAGGGUAAAGGUAAGUCGCAGGUGAUCUUGUCACAAGUUAAACUGAAUCUUGUCGUGUUUAGGGGACAGAUCAAGUCCCAAUCCUCCUCGUUGGUAACAAAUGUGAUUUAUCCCAUCAACGACAAGUUCGAACAGAGGAGGGCGCGGCUUUGGCCGAACAAUGGGGUUGCCCUUUCGCCGAAUGUAGUGCCAAGAAUGCUCACAACGUUAAUACAGUAUUUGCUGAGAUUGUUCGCGAGAUAAACUACGUCCAGAAUUCACAAGCCAAACAACAAUCGGGAUGCUGCACGAUAUCUUAA